AUGGCUGAAGAAGGCGCCAUUUCCCCUCUGGUGAUGCCAAAAACACCAUACGAUGACCUGCAUCUUAAUUUCAGUCCUGAAAGCCAGAUCAUCACCGAGAUGAUGAGCAACGAUGAAACGUCCCCGACAAUUACCGUGGACAAGAUAGUCGCCCUUACCUGCACCUUGGCCGCAACUUCUUCCGAACGCGAUUUAAAUCAACAUGCUGUGAAUGUCUCGCACACAAUUAUUGCGAUUGCAACGCGUGUACCGCAUGAAAAACAGUCCAAACUCGUGGAGUUUUGUUUCCGCCUCCAACUGCAUACUAUCCCUGAUCCCAUCAAUGGCGGCACCUUAUCGCCUUUGGGACUGGGUGAAGGUUUGUGGUCAGAAUGGCCUCACUUACAACGCGUCGCGGACAGGCAUGAGUGGAGAGAUUUUUAUGAUCUACGCAAGGCAGGCAUUAGUCAGAUUUACGAAAAUUACUCGGCCUGGCGUGCUCAACUAUCCGAAUUGGGAUUCUCCUUCUGGAAACAGGAAUCAUACCUCAGUAACUUGCACCUCACGUGGCCGUUUGGUGAUCGCCGUCUUUGGAUAGGAAGGAGAGAUUCCGUACGGUUGAUGUGUUUGUGGUUUAUUCAUGCCCCCAACAGGCUGUGGUUUGAUGCUCAUCUCCGCCGAAGAAAUGUGUUCCUGAAAAAUCGACAAUUCCGACGCUUCUUCUGGCCACUCUGGAAAGAAUUUCUUAAGGUCUGCCUGGAAUCAGAAGUCAACGAGGACAAAGGGAAGUGGUUUGAUGACAGGUGGGACGACACAGAGGGUGUGAGCGAGCAAGAUCUCUCGGAUGCAGACACGCAGGAACUCAUCAAGCGAGCGCUGGAAAGUAUGGAGAAGGUUGAGGCCGACCAUGCAAUCCGAUCA